AUGCGCAAACUGUUUAGCCGCCAAUCAUGCAUCGCGCAUGAUAUUCAUGAAUCAUGUCUCCUCCAUCACUGCCUACGUCUGUCGUGUACCUAUGCAGACUCGGCCGCCACAGGGGACCCCGUGUGGAGGUGCAUUCUAGAAUCAUCUGGCCUCAGGUUCAUAACGCAGGACGGCCAGCAGACACUCGCUCGGCCUCACACCAGCACUUUCUUGCCCCUGCCGCUGCGGGCAGUCCUGUCGCCUCUCUGCCCGACGGCGCCCCUCGCCCCUCGCCCCGGCCCGUCGCCCCUCGGCCCCGCGCCCUCGGCGCCGCCUCGCCUGCCCCUCGCCCCUCCCCCCGCGCCCCUCGCCCCUCUGCCCGCCGGCGCCUCCCCCUCGGCCGCCAGCGCCCCUCGCCCUCGGCCCGCCGGCGCCCCUCGCCCCUCUGCCCCCGCCGCCCCUCGCCUCCUGGACGCCGACGCCCCUCGCCUCCGCCGCGCCCCCGGCCCGCCGCCUCGCCCCUCGGCCCCCGGCGCCUCGCCCCUGCCCCUCGCCCCUCGGCCCCCGCGCCCUCGCCUCCUGGACCCGCCCCUCGCCCCCCGCCGGCGCCUCUCGCCCCUCGCCCGCCGGCGCCCCUCGCUCCUCGGCCCACUAGACAACGCCGGUCUGGGCGCCUCCGUUAGAAAUGCUCCAAACAAAUACACUCUACAUUUAGCCUCGUCAUUGUGA